CAGGUCUUCGGGGUCACUUGCGACAACGCUGAGAGCAAUACUACAAUGCUCAAAGAAAUGCACGUUCUCGUGCCGAAGUCCCAUGGAGAACUAGUACGCGUACGGUGCUUCGGGCACGUACUCAAUCUUGUUGUUAAGGUGAGUGCACCCGUUCAGUGUGUGUUCUUCGCUGAUAUCUUUCACAUAGGCUAUUCUCUCGCAGUUCGCGAAGCCCAAGCCUCGUCACGUCGCCAAUGCCACACAAACUGGCUCUGA